CACACCUGCUGUACCAACACGGAAUGUUUUUAAGCUGCACAACAAAACGGAAGUGGAGUCCGGUUAUUCCUGUUUAUGUUUUCAUGUCUGCCAGGAAAUAAGAGCUUCGUUUACGAAGAUAAUGGCGGUGAGCGCUGUUCACCUGGAGUCAGACGCCUUUCUGGUGUGUAUGAAUCACGCGCUAAGUACAGAAAAGGAAGAGGUGAUGGGUUUGUGUAUCGGAGAGGUCGAAGUCACGCGAAUCGUGCACAUCCACUCCGUCAUCAUCCUCCGCCGCUCGGACAAGAGGAAGGACCGGGUGGAGAUCUCCCCCGAGCAGCUGUCAGCAGCCUCCACGGAGGCGGAGAGGCUGGCGGACAUGACGGGCAGGCCCAUGCGCGUGGUCGGCUGGUACCACUCCCACCCGCACAUCACCGUGUGGCCGUCUCACGUCGACGUCCGGACCCAGGCCAUGUAUCAGAUGCUGGACCAGUGUUUCGUAGGACUCAUCUUCUCCUGCUUUAUCGAGGACAAGAACACGAAGACGGGCCGGGUGCUCUACACCUGUUUCCAGUCUGUGCAGGCGCAGAAAAGCUCCGAGUACGAGCGCGUGGAGAUCCCCAUCCACGUCGUGCCGCGUGAAGCCAUAGGGAAGGUGUGCCUGGAGUCGGCCGUGGAGCUUCCGCGCAUCCUGUGCCAGGAGGAGCAGGACACUUACCGCAAGAUCCACAGCCUGGCCCACCUGGACCCCGUCACCAAGAUCCACAACGGCUCGGUGUUCACCAAGAACCUGUGCAGCCAGAUGUCGGCGGUGAGCGGGCCGCUGCUGCAGUGGCUGGAGGACCGGCUGGAGCAGAACAAGCACAGCAUCGUGGAGCUGCAGCAGGAGAAGGAGAAGCUGCUGCAGGAGCUGGCUGCUCUGUGACCCGGAGGGCAGUCAGGAACCCAGUCAGCUGCUCCGCUCUGGGCUCCUGCCUGUUGAUUAGGCAGGGCCCACUUUGUGUGUGCGUCUGGUUGAUAUGGCUGCACGUUGAUUUUGUAACCACUUAACGACAUCGGAAACACAGAAGAACACAACACAACCCAUUGGUUGUUAAAAGACUUGGUGAAUAGUAAUAAUAGACAAGCUUAAAGGUUCAGACAUAAAAAAUCUUUAAUGUCACUGAUUAUUUGACCUGUUUCUUCUCAUUGCUAAUGAACAGUACUUAUCUAAAGAAUUGAUUAGUUUCAUGUCAUGACACGUUUAACUAUCACACAGCUGUAAUUCUUUGUCAACUUAUUGUGCAGUAAGUAAAUGAGCCUCCUUGUACUAACCACACAGAAUCAAAGCCACCAGGUAAUUGACAAGUGACAGAAAUGUGCCUUUGAGCUGAUGGUAGUGUUGUUGUUGAUACUGUGUAAUGUAUAUUAAGGUUAAAGAAUAUAAAGAAUGUUUGGGCACUUUUCUUCCA